UCCUCUCGGCCCACACAACCACAUCACACCAUAAAAGAACACAGUAUGAAUAUAAAAUAAAGCAUGAAAGGAUAAGCAAGAAGGAAUGAUUUGAAAAUGAGAGGUACAAACUCAUUCAAAGAUCAAUCACUCAUCAUGACCCUUCUUCCCUCAACACUCCAUGUUUUACUUCCUAUACUUCUGCUAGUGCUACCUAUAGUUCUGCUUUGUUUAUACUUCUACCCUUUGCCUCUUACUCCAUCUCCACCACCUGAUCUUCCUCAUUUCAACUCUCUUUCUUCCUCUCCUAUUCCUCCUCCUUCUCAAGAUAAGGACUAUGCUUAUGAUCCACCAUGUGACUUCUUUAAUGGAAAAUGGGUCCGUGACAAGAGAGGCCCUUUGUAUAAUGGUACUACCUGUGCCACGAUCAAGGAGAGCCAGAAUUGUAUCAUCAAUGGGAGGCAUGACUCUAGCUACCUUCACUGGAGAUGGAAACCAAGUCAGUGCCAUCUUCCAAGGUUUGAACCCAACACUUUUCUUAAACUCAUUAGCAACAAGCAUGUAGCUUUUGUUGGGGACUCUCUGGCUAGGAACCAAAUAGAGUCCCUUCUUUGCUUGCUAGCCACUGUUUCAACACCAAAACGUGUCCACCACAAAGGUUCCAAUAAGUGGCACUUUUCAUCUCACAAUGCAAGCUUGUCCUUCUAUUGGUCCCCGUUUCUUGUGCAAGGAGUUCAAAGAUCAACAUCAAACACAGGACCACAUCAUAAUAUAAUUCAUUUGGAUCGUGUUAAUGAGAAGUGGGCAAGGGAUGUGGGUCAAAUGGACUUACUUGUGAUAUCAUUUGGGAAUUGGUUUUUGGUUCCUUCAGUUUACUUUGAGGGUGAUAAGGUUAUAGGCUGCCUAAACUGUCAUGGUCUUAAUUACACUGACAUUGGUUUUUAUGGUCCACUAAGAAAGGCUUUAAGGAUUACUCUUGAUAGCAUAAUUGAGAGGAAAGUGGGUAAAGGAAAUGGCAUAGAUGUAAUUGUGAGAACAUUCUCACCUUCCCAUUUUGAAGGUGAUUGGGAUAAGGGUGGUACUUGUUCAAAGACUAAACCUUAUAGAAAGAGGGAGAUGCAACUUGGAGAAGUGGAUGCUGAGAUUAGAAGGAUUGAGAUGGAAGAAGUGGAAAAUGGUAAGGCCAAAGCAUUUGAGGGGUUAAGGUUGGAGGCAUUGGAUGUGACCAAAUUAGCAUGGUUGAGGCCAGAUGGACAUCCUGGUGCUUACAUGAAUCCUUUUCCAUUUGCUAAAGGGGUUCCAAAGAUUGUGCACAAUGAUUGUGUUCAUUGGUGCUUGCCAGGACCUAUAGACACAUGGAAUGAGAUUUUUCUAGAGAUGAUGAAAAAGUGGGAGAAACAGCCAAGAAGCCAAGAGUGACCAAUUAAUUCCUCUUGUUAAUUAAUUACACUAAUAAUUUUUCACUACAGUUAUAUUCUGUUUAGAGGAGCUAACGAAUACUUUUUUUUUUAAGUUGAAAUUCAUGAAAACCUCACCUAUAUUUAGAAAUGACAUCUACAACUUCUGUGAAUCAUGCUAAAAUAUCAAAUAUUUGAUUAUUUGACACACUAUAGUCUUAAGAAUGAAAGGCAGAGUAGGUGUAAGUGUUUUCUUCUGUUUUAGAGUGUCUGAUAUAUAACAACUUUUAGUCUGUUAACUAAUAUUAUUGUUCAAUCAUUUAAAAUAUGAAUUUGUAUUGUAAGCCUAUGUAUCCAAUGACGGGCCAAACACAAACAACUGAAUAUACCCACUUAUCUGAUUAUGUGAACGUAUGGAAUGAUCUGU